AUGCCGCCAGGAGGUGGAGAAGGAGAAGGAGAAGGAGAAGGCGAGCAUGUCAGCACGGUGCAGAGCCACCCACCGGCGACCGUCCGCCGCGACGAGGACGCCCCGCCCCAUUCUACGCCGCCGCUCCCCGACGUUCCUCCGGUAGCUUCCGAGGAGAAUCUGGAGCAGGAGCAGCAGCCCAUGCCGAACGUUCCCGAGGGCGCCCUCGUCGAGAUCCUUUCGCGGGUGCCCUACAGUUCGCUCUGCCGCUUCAAGUGCGUGUCCAAGCCGUGGCUCGCCCUCUGCUCCGCCCCCGACAUCCGCAAGAGGUCGCCACAGACUCUCUCCGGCUUCUUCUACCAUGAUGAAGGCGAUGCUCUCAGAUUCUGCAACUUGAAAGGGAGAGGUCCGCCUCCCGACCCAUCUCUCCCUUUCUUGCGCCACAGCUACUAA